AUGUCCACUUCCAACGAUGAGAAGUCAGGCAACAGUUCCCUCCGAAGCUCGACAGACGACAAGUUGCCGGUCAGCUCGAUGUCAUCAUUUGAGGCUGCCAAACAUGAUGCUCCGCUGAAGCGAUCAAGUCGACACUCCUACAUCACUGGUCUCCGAGGAAUUCUGGUCAUUCWCAGCUUCAUCUGGAUCUUCUUCGAGACCUUUAUCCCAACUAUGGUUUCCGACAGGACACCAGGACCGGCCUACCAGGACAUUUUACGAUAUGUGCUGAGCGUCCCGCUGUGGAACGCCAGCCUCAUAUACAACUUCUUCAUCGUCCURUCCAUGCGCACUAUUUGUGUGUCCUUUCUGGAGAAUCCCACGGGACAAACGUACGCAGCGACUAUUAUCCGACGAACCGUACGCAUGGUCCUAGCCAUUGCUGUGGCCUCUGGGCUGUCGAUGCUCAUAUUCUCUCAAAUCGGGACGCAAUACAUCGCCGAGUUCAAGACGAAACUUCCCAAUCAGUCGAUUGAGACCCCAUCUGUGAUAUCCAAUGGAGGCGCGGCUAUCGGAGCCAUCUUCAACUUAUUUUGGCUUACCGAAGAUUGGUUCACGCAAGCUGCAAACAUGUCCUGGCCGACUGCAACGCUGUGGGUCCCUUCCGUCAUCUAUUACCAGUCCUUCACGGUAUACUUCUUGAUGGUGAUCUUGCCGUUCACACGCCCGAAGUGGCACAUCCAAGGUCUGGGGCUAUUCGCCCUUGGGUCCUUCUGGAUGUCGUACUGGGGAUGGUACUCCGCCACUGGUCUUUUCUUCGCUGAUCUGGCCAUCAACGCCACGUUGAAGACAGAACUCAAGGCUGGAUUGAAAAUCAAAGAGGAUGUGCGCGUUCCAUACUGGGGCGUGGCACUUCUUUCCACAGCCGCUGGGAUGGCGCUAAAGUACUUCGUUGUCCUCCUUCCUCGUUAUGUCAACAAGGAGUUGGAGCUGCACCCAUACCUGGAUCUCUCCGAGAGUCACUCGGUCGCUAGCUUCGCUGCCUCUGGGCCAUACGCCAGAGUUGACGACUUCCUGGUAAUUGUCGGCAUCAUGAUCGCUGUUGAGCUUUUUGAUGGCGUUCAAAAGUUCCUCUCCCUGGCACCUUUCAUAUGGCUUGGCGAAAGGUCGUUCAGCAUCUUUACGGCCCAAUGUCUGACAUUCUGGACGGCCGGCAUCAAGCUGUGGCUUGUUCUGGCGGAGAAAGGUAUCAGCACUGCUGGUACAAAUGCCGUGGUGCUGUUAGUAUGCUUUUUCGCCAUUGCUGCUUUCUCGGAAAUCUUCCACAGGUGUAUUGACCUACCAUCGAUUUGGGCCGCGAGGAGCACCUAUCUGUGGCUAUUGAGAUAA